AGGCUGGCGUGGCAAACUUCGACGAGAUCGUGGCCUGCUCCGACGGCAUCAUGGUGGCCCGCGGCGACUUGGGCAUGGAGAUCCCCCCGGAGAACGUGUUCGUUGCGCAGAAGAUGAUGAUCACCAAGUGCAACCUCGCUGGCAAGCCCGUCAUCACUGCCACGCAGAUGCUGGAGUCCAUGUGCGGGGCGCCGAGGCCGACGCGUGCCGAGGCCAGCGACGUGGCCAACGCGGUCCUCGACGGCAGCGACUGCGUCAUGCUGUCGGGGGAGACGGCCGCGGGCGGCUACCCUCUCGAGGCGGUGUCCAUCAUGCGCAAGAUUUGCCAGACGACCGAGGGCAUUCUGGACUACCCUGGGAUGUACCUGAGCACCCGCCUGCAGGUGAUGCAGAAGGGGCCCAUGAGCCCCGUGGAGGGCGUGUGCUCCUCCGCCGUGAAGACCGCGAUCGAUAGCAACUGCAAGCUCAUCGUGGCGCUCACAGAGACGGGCUCCACCGCGGUGAUGCUGGCCAAGUACCGCCCGAAGGCCCAGAUCCUGGCCAUCACCGCCAGCGAGACCACCCAGCGCCACCUGUACCUCAGCCGCGGCGUCAUCCCGAUGCUGACGGCCUCCUUCGUCGGCACCGACUCCGUCAUCGCCAAGGCGCUGAAGCAGGCCAAGGAGUGGGGCCUCGUCUCCGCGGGGGACUCCGUCGUGGCCGUGCACGGGACCAAGGAGGAGUGCCCAGGC